AUGAAGUUGCUCAUCGAUACUGAAAGUGACUCAUCGUUCUCCAUUGAUGUUGAUUUCUUGGAUACACUGUUAGUCAUAAAACAGAAGAUCGAGAAGGCUCAAGGUAUCCCUGUUUGCAAACAAACCCUUUUUUUCCAAGGCAAUGCUCUUCAAGACGAAUUUAAGAUACGAUUAUGCCAUAUCAUAGAAAACUCUCGUCUCUUUCUCUACAUAUCUCCGGACGACAACCCUAAUCAGAACGUCAACGACGAUCGAGUGCCUCAAACUCCAUCAAAUCCGAUUCAUGGGUUCGUUAACCAUAAAGAUUUUCCUGUGAUGAGCAACAAAGACUCAAUGAAAGGGUUCCUUGGGAUUCAAGAUUCGUCGCAGGGCAAAAAAGUCCAAAGGAUCAUGGCGAGGAGAAUCGACAGUGGAUCAUCACUACAGUCAUAUUCACUUGAUGAGUUACUUGGACCUCAAGAUUUGGUGCCUGUGCAGGUUGGAAGCAGAAGAAACAUGAAUCAGGUGGUUCAAACCGAGAUAUAUUCACCGUCAGACUCAGUAAAAGAGUUCCUUAGAAUUUUAGAUUCUCCUGUGACGAAGAAGAUCAAGACCAUCCCGAGGAACCUGACAGUAUUUGUGCAGCCAUCUCAAGAGACCAGGAUGAUUCCAGUGGUGGUUAACGCAAAUGAUAAAGUUGAAGAACUGAGGAAAGAGCUGGUUAAGUUGCAAGAGAAGGGUGAGUUAAAUCUGCCUCAGGAAGGGUAUUACUUUGUAAUCAGAGAGCUAACAUUGACCGAAACUGAGUCAUUCAUGUGGAACCUUGUUGUUGACGGCGAUAUCAUUGAGAUAAUCCGUAUUAAUCAGGCUUAA